UGCUGCUCGCUGUUUGUAACUCGACACAGAGGGAGGACAUAGUGGAUUCCGCUGGGAAGCUGUAGAUCAUCGCCAGGCGGUUCUUUGGUGAUCUCUCUCGGUUGUACGUGUAGGUUAGCGGUACCACCCCUGGGAUGAAUCCACCAAGCCUCAGCGCCUCUGUGGAUCUAAAUUAGCCUGGAAUAUGAGCAGAAGAAGAAGAUAAGCAGCGGCGGCGGCUGGCUUCCUGCGGGAUUUUGCCCAGGCUUUUUGUUUUUCCGUGGACAUGCCUGGUCUAUGGAGGAAAGCUGAGCGAAGCUAGCUGGCCGACUGUCCGGCUAGCGCAACAUUUCCAGGCUUUUGGAUGACUGUUUAGCUGAAGGGCUGAUUUAUUUUGGAUCAGCGCUACCUCCCCUCCCUGGGUAAGGAGUCAGCAUGGGGGAGCCCAGCCUGGACGACGCCAAUGUCAAGGUGGCUGUCCGUCUACGGCCCAUGAACAGGAGAGAAAAGGAAUUAAACACUAAAUGUGUUGUGGAGAUGGUGAAGAACCAGACGAUCCUCCAUCCUGCGGGAGGUAACCUGGGCAAAGGAGACUCAAGGAGUCAGUCCAAGGUUUUUGCCUAUGAUUACUGUUUCUGGUCCAUGGACGAGACCGAUAAGGAAAAAUUUGCAGGUCAGGAGGUGGUCUUCCAGUGCCUUGGGGAAAGUCUUCUCCGCAACGCCUUCCAGGGCUACAAUGCCUGUAUCUUUGCCUAUGGACAAACUGGUUCAGGAAAGUCAUACACCAUGAUGGGUUCAGGGGACCAGCCUGGUCUGAUUCCCCGGCUGUGCAGUGCUUUGUUUGAUCGAACCCAGAAGGAACAGCGGGAGCAGGAGAGCUUUACUGUUGAGGUGUCCUACAUGGAGAUCUACAACGAGAAGGUCCGAGAUCUGCUUGAUCCCAAAGGGGGCAGACAAACUCUGAGGGUGAGGGAGCAUAAAGUUUUGGGUCCCUAUGUGGAUGGCUUGUCUCGACUAGCUGUGGCCUGCUACAAGGACAUUGAGGUUCUAAUGUCAGAGGGGAAUAAAUCCCGGACUGUCGCUGCUACCAACAUGAAUGAGGAGAGCAGUCGAUCGCACGCUGUCUUCAACAUCAUCCUCACACACACACUCAAAGACUUGAAGUCUGGGACAAGUGGUGAGAAGGUGAGUCGGUUAAGUCUGGUAGACUUGGCAGGAAGUGAGCGAGCAGCAAAGACUGGAGCAGCAGGUGAACGACUCAAGGAGGGAAGCAACAUCAACAAGUCUCUCACUACACUGGGCCUUGUGAUCUCGGCGCUAGCUGAACAGGGAACAGCCAAGAACAAGAACAAGUUUGUUCCUUACAGAGACUCUGUUCUGACAUGGCUGCUGAAGGACUGUCUGGGUGGCAACAGCCGCACGGCGAUGGUUGCAACUGUGAGUCCAGCAGCAGACAACUAUGAGGAGACUCUAUCGACCCUGCGCUAUGCAGACCGAGCAAAGAACAUUGUGAACCAUGCUGUUGUUAACGAAGACCCCAACGCUCGCAUCAUCAGAGAGCUCAGAGAGGAAGUAGAGAAACUACGAGUACAACUGACUCAGGCAGAGUCUUUGAAGGCUCCAGAGCUGAAAGACCGUCUGGAAGAGUCCGAAAAGUUGAUUCAAGAGAUGACCAUCACCUGGGAGGAGAAGCUUCGCAAAACUGAGGAGAUUGCACAGGAGCGUCAGAAGCAGUUAGAGAGUCUGGGUAUUUCUCUCCAGUCUUCAGGGAUUAAAGUUGGCGAUGAUAAGAGUUUUCUUGUCAAUCUUAACGCUGAUCCUGCCCUCAAUGAACUUCUGGUGUACUACCUGAAGGAACACACAAAGGUGGGCUCAGCAGACUCUCAGGACAUCCAGCUGUGUGGGAUGGGUAUCCAGGCAGAGCACUGUGUCAUCGACAUUGCAGCAGAUGCUGCCGUCAUCCUCACCCCCCAUCGCAAUGCUAGGACAUGUGUUAAUGGUUCUCCAGUAACCAGUGGUCUGCAGCUUCACCAUGGUGAUCGAAUCCUCUGGGGAAACAACCACUUCUUUAGGAUCAACCUGCCUAAGCGGCGCUCUCGCGGAGCUGAGGAUGAGGAGGGCGAGGGUGGUGUGAUGAAGAACAGUGGCAGCAGUGAGCAGCUGGAUGCAGAUGGGGACACUGCCAGUGAAGUGUCCAGUGAAGUCAGCUUUUCAUAUGAGUUUGCCCAGACAGAGGUCAUGAUGAAGGCCCUCGGCAGCAAUGACCCCAUGCAAGCAGUCCUUCAGUCUCUGGAGAGGCAGCAUGAAGAGGAGAAGCGUUCUGCUCUGGAGCGUCAGAGACAAAUGUACGAGCAGGAACUCCAGCAGCUCCGCAAGAAGCUGAACCCAGACCGUCUGUCCACAGGACCAUCUGGAGGGUCAGCGUCUGGCCAGCAAGGUCCGGGACAGCAGUCUCACUACCGCAGCCUGGAGAGACUCAGUAUGGGAGGGAUGAGUCAUUCAACUAGCGCUCAGAGCAGACUGAGGCAGUGGAGUGAGGACAGGGAGGCGGUGUUAGUGAGGAGUCUGCGGCGGUUGAGGGAGCAGAUAGUGAGGGCAAACCUACUGGUGCAAGAAGCCUGUUUCAUUGCAGAGGAGCUGGAACGACACACUGAGUACAGAGUCACUCUGCAGAUCCCAUCAGACAACCUCAACGCAAACCGCAAGAGGGAUGCAGUGCUCAGUGAACCAGCAAUUCAAGUUCGACGUCGGUGUCGAGGGAAGCAGAUUUGGAGUCUGGAGAAGAUGGAGAACCGCUUGGUUGACAUGAGAGAGCUGUACCAGGAGUGGCAGGACUACCACGUCCAUCACCAAGACAACCCUGUGAUGCGCUCAUAUUUCCGUAGAGCAGACCCAUUCUUUGAUGAGCAGGAAAACCACAGUCUGAUUGGUGUUGCCAAUGUCUUCCUUUCCUGUCUCUUCUACGAUGUCAAGCUGCAGUACGCUAUUCCCAUCAUCAACCAGAAGGGGGAGGUGGCAGGGCGUCUUCAUGUGGAGGUGGUGAGGGUUGGAGGAGGGUUGGAGGACAACAUGGCUGGAGGAGAUGAAUCUGACAACAACCAAGACACUGAAGUCCAGGAUCGCAAACUGGUCUGCAUGAUUAAGAUUCUGCAGGCCACUGGUCUUCCUCAGUACCUGUCCAACUUCGUCUUCUGUCAGUAUGCAUUCUGGGACCAGCCUGAGCCCAUCAUCGUGGCUCCUGAAGUAGACCCAUCUUCUUCUUCGCCCAGCACCAAGGACCCACACUGCAUGGUUGUGUUUGACAGCUGCAAGGAGCUGGCAGUGUCAGUAACAGAGGAUUUCAUCGAAUAUCUGACUGAAGGGGCAGUUGCCAUUGAGGUAUAUGGACACAGACAGGCUGAUGCAGGAAGAAACCCCGCCCUGUGGGACCUCAGCAUCAUCCAGGCCAAGACACGCACACUACGAGACAGGUGGAGUGAGGUAACACGUCGCCUGGAGCUGUGGAUUCAAAUCCUGGAGAUAAACGAGAAUGGAGACUUUGUCCCUGUGGAAGUGGUUCCUGCUAGAGAUGUGCGGACGGGGGGAAUCUUCCAGCUUCGGCAGGGUCAGUCGAGACGAAUCCAGGUGGAGGUGCGUUCAGUUCAGGACUCAGGCACCAUGCCUCUGAUAGCAGAAAUACUGCUUGCAGUGUCAGUGGGUUGUGUGGAGAUCAGAAAUACCACGGCAAACCAGGAAGGAGAUGAGAUGGACAGUUAUCAGGAAAGAGACCUGGAACGUUUGCGUGGGCAGUGGUUAGCUGCUCUCACCAAGAGACAAGAAUACCUGGACCAGCACCUGCAGAGCCUGGUCAGCAAAGCAGAAAAGACAGAGGAUGACACAGAGAGGGAGGCCCAGCUGCUGGAGUGGCGCUUGACUCUGACAGAGGAGAGAAACGCUGUCAUGGUGCCCUCUGCUGGUAGCGGCAUUCCUGGAGCACCUGCUGAAUGGGUCCCUCUGCCAGGCAUGGAGACUCAUAUUCCUGUCGUCUUCUUGAACCUCAAACCUGAUGACCUCAGCUCUCCAGACCAGUUUGAGGUUCCUGAGGCUGGAGGAUGGGAUGCCACCCUGAGUGGAGAGGAUGAGGACGAUUUCUUUGACCUACAGAUUGUCAAACACUAUGAUGGAGAGGUUAAAGCAGAAGCAUCAUGGGAUUCUACUGUCCAUGAAUGUCCCCAGCUCAGUCGUGGCGGAGCAUGGCCGGAGCAGCGAGUGUACCUGACAGUUCGGGUGGUGGUUCAGCUCAGCCACCCUGCCGACAUGCAGCUGGUCUUGAGAAAGAGGAUCUGCGUCAACGUGAACCCGGGUCGCCAGGGUUUUGCCCACAACUUUCUCAGAAGGAUGUCUACCCGCAGCACCAUACCUGGCUGUGGGGUCACCUUUGAGGUGGUCUCCAACAUCCCUGGGGACGCCCCUGGGUCGGAGGACCGGGAGAUGCUGGCACGGCUCGCUGCCAGCGCACACAACAGCCAGUCAGCUGAUGAAGAGGCUGCAAUUGAGAAAUACCUCCGCAGUGUCCUCAGUCUGGAGAACAUCCUGACGCUGGAUAGACUCAGACAGGAGGUGGCAGUGAAGGAGCAACUGACAAGCAGAGGGAGGAGCAGCAGACGGAGCCUAAGUUCACCUUCUGUCCACAGGCUGUCUGGAAGCAGACAAGACCUGUCCACAACCUGCCUGGUAGACGACAAGGGUCGAUGGGAGAGUCAGCAGGAUAUCUUCAUGCCAUCUCAGUUUCACCGCACCCUCCCCCGGCCCGCCUCUUCCCCUUCCAGCUACUCCACAUCCCCUUCUUCAUCCCCAACUCCCUUCGGCAUGACGCCCCCACAAACCCAGGAACCGGAGCAAGGGCGUUCAGGACUUGCUGCCUCUUAUCUUUCAGUUAAGGCGCUGGUUCCUCAGAUGCCCAAACUGCUCAAGUCCCUGUUUCCAGCGCGAGACGACAAGAAGGAGCUGAGACCUUCGCCACACAGCCAGCAGGUCAGCAGAGAUGAUCAGCAUGUUCCUCGCAUCUUGACAUCAGGAGGGGACGACAGCCGAGUCAAGGUGGAAACGACUGCUAUUCUACGGCCCCAAACCAAAGACAGACGGGCAGAGUUCCCAGAAGUCCCUCUUCUUCCUGUGCAUGACCCGCAUGACACUACCCCCCUCAGCCCCCUCAGCCAGUCAUCAAGCGGCUACUUCUCCAGUAGUGUUUCUACAGUUACCCUGUCUGACGUCCUCCAACCCUCCUCCUCGUCUUCCUCCCUCCUGGCUGCUGAGACUACGUUAACCACAACCCCCCAGCAGCUGGGUGCUGACAGGAACGAUGUUGUGACCUCUCCUUCUCAGUGUGGCACCAAGAUGGCCGUCGUCGCUCCACCUGCUUCCCACAGCUCAGCCAAUCACAACAACGUGACUACCGAAAACUCCUUCUCUCAACACAAGCUAGUCAACUCAGGAGGAGGAAGUGAAGGCUUUGAGAGGCUGGAGAUCUUUGUGGACGAUGAAGAGCGUAGCCAUGACGACGUACUGCCUGAUUGGCUGACAGAUGGGGCAUAUGUUACAGUAGGAAGCAAUAAGGCCGGGACGGUGCGCUACGUGGGAAUGACACAGUUUGCAGAAGGAGUGUGGGUGGGGGUGGAGCUGGACACCCCUGUAGGUAAAAAUGACGGUUCAGUUGGAGGUCAUCGAUAUUUCCACUGUAAACCGGGUUACGGGGUGCUGGUUCGCCCAGACCGUCUGUCAUGCCGUGAUCGGACCAGUCGGCGCACGGGAGAGUUCUCCGCUCCCGUCCACAUCCCCGUCUUGCGCGGUGAAGCCAUUGUUGCCCGCCGGGGGGAGAACCGCAAGUCCUGGAGCAGUUGAGACAGGGAAACUAGGUGCUGGAUGGGAGAGAUGAACUCCCCAUAGCCCUCCUCCUCCUGUUUUUUUUCUCCUCCCAGCUAUGCAACAGGCUCACACAUCAAACAUACUGCCUACCCUCCUAUAGUUUGAAACUACAUUCACUACAUCCAUUCACAGGAAAUGGAUAAAAUAGAAUGAAGAGAGUGAAGAGACCAUUCAGAACGAAAGCAAGUAAGUUGAUGAAAGACUAUGCAGAGUAUAUAGAAGUCCGUGGAAGGACUAUUUAUCAUGUGGGAAGAUAAUGCUAAAUGAAUGGCGGUCAAUGGGAAGACUGCUAAGAGUGAAUGGAAGUCAGUGCAGACUGUCGUAUUUGGAGUGUCGGAGCUCUGUGGGGGUGUGGAAGGGACCCUGCAGGCUGGAAGAUUUGCCUCAGAGAUGCUUUCUGAGCUGAUAUACAGGGAUGCAAACUAGUCACACAAGUCACUUUUUUUUAUUUUUCUGCAAAUAUAUUUAAAACCUGAGGGUUAUUUUAGAAUGCAGAAAAAACACUUGUAGAAUAAGGAACCUUCAUGUUUUCCUGCUGGAUGCUGGCUGAUGGAUUUGUUUGUCACUUGCAGUUUUUUUCUCUUCACCACUCUGAUGCGCUAUUGUUAGUAGUCAUAGCUACCAGAAAAGAUCAAAAGAUAGUGUACGGCCUUGUGACAAGCUGACUAAAUGGAGAAUAUUGAAUUAUCUUCUAGUGGCUCUUUGGAAUAUUUUUAUUCUCUCUUUAUGUCUCACUAUAAUAUGUGCUUUGUGUUCUUUGUGAAUUAGGAAAUAGAAUUAGACCCAUUAGAUUUUUUUUUAUUUGGGGUUAGAGUGACAUUAAGCUCAAACCAUGCCAGUCACAUGCUGAUUUUUUACCAGUGAUGUGUUUGCAUCCCUGGAUAUGAUGUCUGUAACAGAUAUUCCUGACACUCAAUGUCCCAGAAUCCCCUGCUCCGGCUGCCAUUCCCCUGAACUCUCUAGUUCUCUUCUGCAUACUGACACUUUGACUCAUUGUUUGAGACACGUCUCCUCCGCCUGGACUCCUUCUCUUUUCUUUUGAAGAUAGAUCCUCCCAGAAUGUGCCUUCACCAUGGCUUGGUUUGCAUUUGUUUUUCUGUAUAUUUAAUUUCUGUUAGCUGUGUUUUGUGUUUUAAGAGAAUGCCUUGUGCUAAGUGUGAGGUGAUCUCAGGGACUGCAGAGGGGAAAGGACAAGGAGGGGCGUGUGUGUGUGUGUGUGUGUGUAUGUGUGUUUGUAAAUGUUGUACAGUGUUACCCUGUGUGCACAAAUUAAGUUCAUAUUGUUGUAGUCGUGUUGAUGUUAAAGAUGAUAUGUGUAAAGCAGGAAAAGUCGUGUCCUUGUUUGGACAAAGCCACUAUGGGAGCAAGUUUGUACUGGGAGGCUUUAAAAGUCGAUUUUGCACUGGAGACGUUGGAUAAGAAGCAUCUGUAUGUGAGCAGAACGCGGCUGUGGUCAUCAUGGUGCAGCUAGACAGAGAAGUAGGCAAGUGUAAGCAGAUUCCUCGAACCAACUAGUAAUGUGAAAAUGGUUAUUGAUGACUUUGAACCAGAGUACAUUCUCCAUCUGAGUGGGACGUCUGGAUGUCUGUUCUUAGAGCAGAUUUGGUGGCUGUCCUCUGUGGCUGACAUUCGGACACCAGGAGGCGCUGUGUAGGGUAGUACUGUGGUGUUGUGUUGAUGGGAAAUGCAUGUGUAUGUGCUGAGGAAAAGAAGGUGAGAUGGACAGGCUGAUGUUCUGCCGGGUGUUUCACGCUUGAGAAGAGAAUUGAUUUUCUUCUAUGCAUUUGAUCUGUUUUAAAAGAAUCUAGUUUUUAAUCUUUUGUCUCUAAAUGACUGACACAGCUGGGAGAACGAGCAGUACGGUUUGGGAAAGUAUUGAACACAAUAGCAAUACGGACUGAUUGAACAUUCCUGGCAUGUCUGUUGAAGACAAUACAAGAUGAUGUGGCAGACUUUACUUUAAAUUAGUUUUUUAUUGAACAUCACAUUCCAGAGGGACUUUAACAUUUUACAGUGACCUUACUCUGUGUGUAUGAAUUAAUGGGAAAGCAAUGGCAGAACACCACAGCACUGUUUCAUACUUUAUGUAUACCAUCAAUUUAUGAAAUAUGUAGACAGAAUACAUAUGCUCCCAGUGCUUAGAGUUAAAGGUGCACUCCGCCAAUUCUACACAUGAAGUUCAUCAUUCUCACCAAGCCUAUGACAACAGUUGUAUAAUGUCAUCUGUAUCUUUAUAAAGUCUGAGAAAUGGUAACUACAUGCAGGCUAUACAUUUAGAACAAAAACCCUGUGCAUGGCGUUUGAGAGUCCUGGGAAUAUAUCACAGGAGGAGAGCUUGACCCAUAUUCAUAUAGACUAAAAGUCAGGAUGUCAGCCUCUGCUGCUUCAGUUUUGAUUAUUCUUUUUGUUCAAAUCAUCAGAUCAUGUUCAAAUCUGUCUCUCGCAAGUGUCCUAACAUUGUAGAAUCACUAUAGUAAAUCGCGAGAGUGCCCCUUUAAUAAACUAGAAUGAGGUCAGUGUAAAGUGUUUGAGUCGUCCUGAGUUGGAGUGAUGCUGUCUCACAAAGUGAGCAAUAGCUUAUGUUCUGUUAUUGAUGUCCACUGGGGCAGGUAUUUCAGCCUGAAAGCUGUUUCUAUGGUGACAUACAGUUUAUCCAUGUAUACUAUGGAAUCUAUAUAGGUUUCUGAUGGGAUGAUUUGACAAUGCAUGCAUAUGAAAACAUUAUUUAGAAUACUGCGUGCAUAUAAACGCACUCAGGAUGUCCAAUCACACUAUCAUCUUUAUGGAUACAAUAUGUUUUUCCAUUCUUUUUAUCAUGCGUUCUUCCUAAUUUGAGAGGCGUGAAUUUACUAUUUAUAUUUAAAUGCUUGUACACAUGCAUUUAUCGCAUGAAAAUUGAUAAAGCCUUUUUAUUUUAAUAAAUAUUGCACAAAUGAUUCCAUGAAAAUUGCUGCUAUUAGCACUGUAAAUUUACCUGUAAAUGGAUCAAUUGAUUUAUCUAACACACUCUAUCUCUUACUGUAUACUAGAUUGGAAUUCAAUAGUUUUGUUUUUUAAUCCCAGACGGAGAAACUAAAGUCAGCGCUUUGGUUCAGUGGCCGAUCUAUUUUUAAUAUGAAGCAGUACAAUUCCUAAAAAUGAGGCACUUUGUCAUGUGAGCCUUGGAGAAGAUGUGGGAGUAAAAGGUUUGAAUAUUUUCUGGGUGAAAAUGUAUUUUUUCCUUUUUGAGGAAACUAUAAAGUUGGAGUUGCAUUGAAGUUGAAGUAUGAAACAAUAUAUCACCAUAGUCUAGUUAUUAUCUGUGUAUUUAUUAUCUGGCCUUAAAGCCCAGGACCCUGGAGUCCUCUGAUUGGUUACUAUAGGUGGCUGUCUGGUAUGUUAUUGGUUGGCAAGUUGUGAAGUGGUUAUGUAGGUUGGACUCUAGUUGGGUUGGUUGGUUGUGAUAUUGUGGUUCGUAACAGUUAUGUGGUAAUGAAGGAAGGGAGUAAGGAUUUCUCAUGUGUUUGUGUGUCGAUCGUGUGUGUGAAUGUUGGGUGGACGUGACUUUGAUUCAGUCGUGUCCGUGAGUCUUUGCCAAGAUGGGAAACGACCACCAGCUGCCAUUUUACGUAUUCUACAGCGGACUUAAGCUGAGAGCAACAACCCCCCCACUCUCUUUGCAUUUCAGUCUGUGUGGCUGGUGUCCUCUCCUGUCCUGGUCUUUGCUCGUGGCGCUGUUAAAGGGGUUUGAGAUCACUUCAGGCUUCUGGAUGUCCCUUUAUGUUAUUGUGCCUCAGAAAUCAUGUGAUCAUCUUCCACACACUGUUUUUCAUAUCAACGCUUCAGUUCAUUUGCACAGAAUUCUCCAGAGGGAACACCUGUAUACGUAGGAAGAAAAUGCAACCUGAUUUUAUUUUAUUUUUCAUGUUGUUCUUUACAUUGUACUGAAAUUGUUUUAAUCUUCGGUUUUCAGUUCAGUAUUUUGAGUUUUUUGGAGCAAUAUUCUUCAGCUAUAUUCCCACACUCACUGCUCAACUGCAAGUAAAAAAGAUGAAAAUUGGUUCAGUUGCGAGCUAUUACUAUGAUGUGACAGCAGAGCUAAGCUCAAACACUGUCUUUAUUUCCAGCACACAUCCUGUCUAUAACUCUCCACACAGUUUGCAGCAUCAUAAACGCAUUAGUUUAACAGAUAAAGUGUGACGCUGACAUUAGAUAUGAAAAAUGCAGCUCAUGGGCCGCGUGGUGCACAUGAUCCACACAGCAACAAGAGCCAUUUCAAUAAGGAAGUAGAAAAAACUAGCAGCAGUAAUAACUGUUGUGCUUAGAAUGGACUUAAUGUUGUAACUUUGUUUCAGGGGUUUUCCUGUGUGCCACUGUAGAGAGCAGAGCAAAGCCAGCAGUGUUAUUUAUGUGACUGAAUCAACCACAAGAACCACACUCAGUUCUAUUUUUAUUGACGUGUCCAAUCAUAUUCAGCCUGCAUAUUGAUCUGUACGAGUCCUCAGCCCCUCAGAAUGUUUCUUUUCUUUAACGGCUUUACUUUCAUCAGUUCCUUUUCGUGUCUUAAGUGCUUUUGUUUUGCUCAGAAUUUGUCCCAUAUCUUUGUUGCAUUCACCUCCUGUUGCAUUUCCUGUAGCUCUGUGCUAACUAUGGGAUCACUGGUCUGGAGCAACAUGCCCUCCCCCCUGCCUUAACGUGGCCUUCAAUCUGGAGCCAGACUGGUUUUAGCAGGAACAAUCCCAGCUCUCUAACUAAACAUGCUGUACCCUCAGUGCACUGUGCUAUUGAAGAGAGUCAUUCUAAAACCAUAAAAAUAAAUAAUCCAUUCUGGUUUACUAUUAAAAUUCCAUUUUUCUAACGGAGUCACUUCAUCUUCUGAUAACAUCAACACCAUUCAUUAGAAGGACAUCUGGGCACAGAUGCUGUCAGGUUUUAAAGACAUCAAAGGGAUUAUUAACCCCCACCCCCCACCUACUGCCUCACUGGAGGAACAGUCAUUGUUUCCCCCUGGUGGCUGCUGUCACACCUCAAUCAGACGACGGUCUGACUUCCACCAAGGGAAUUUUAUAUACAACCAGAAACCAUCAAAAUGAGUGAAUUAAGAACCCACCACUGCCCUGCAGCAGCAGCAGCAGCAUGCCUGACAGCUUCUGCCUACCCGGGAUCAUCACGCUGCCAGCCACCGGUCUGAGGCUGCUCUCUGCUCAGAAAAGUAAUUGGCUCGGUUUUUGUAUUUGCCGGGCACUAAAAUAUAUUUUCCAGCCUUGGUUGUGAGUGUUCACCUUUUUUACUACCUCUUUCUCGCCUGACCAGAGUGUUCUGCCAACUUCUUCCCUGAGGCCUUUUAGCUGACAAAGAGUUGUACCUGCUGGCUGCAUCCAGUUCACUUUCUCCGUGUUCUCAAACAUUAGAAUAAACCACACAAACAACCACGCAAUACUCGGCUGCCAGGUGAUGCCAUACAGCCUUGGGGUUUUUUUUGUUGUUUCCUUUUUUGCAGUUUUUGGCAGUGACCCAUAUUUUUUUUACAGCUGGGUCUGCUUUCCAAGAAAAUUCAGAUACAACUUCUCUUCUUGGUGUAUUUUAAAGACAGUUGGUAUCAAUAGAAUAUUGCAUUAAAGUUUCCUAGGUACCAGCAGCCAUAUUUAACUGAGCUGUGUAAUAAUAGAAGGCUAAUAGGAGCUUAAGGAGGGGGCUUGGUGCUUGCUAAGUCAGGGAGUUUUAAUACAACCACGUUACUCCUGCAAAAAAAAAAGCCCCUCCAGUCCCUGUAAGCUUUCACAGAAUCAGCUAAAGAAAAAAAUAAUCCAACAUGGGUUUGAUGUGGCCUCGUUCUGGUCAACAGUAUUACUAUAUCAUCCCAACUAAACAUUACCAGUUCUGUUUGUCGCUACUGUUGAUUCUUUGGAGCAGGUUUGUCUUGAUGUGUCCUUUGUAUGUGUGAGUGCAUCAUUGGAGUGGUUGUUCUGUGUAUGUAUGUGUGUAUAUAUGCGCAUAUUAAGACUUAUAAAAAGAAAAAUCUGAGCACAAGUUUGGGUUUUGAUUUAAUUUAAUUGUUUUAUGUAAUUCUAUGCUGCAAUCCAAAGAAUAAACAUGUAUUAUAAUACAUUUAUAAUUUUCAUGUUUUAUCAUCUGAACAGGAAUCUGGUAACAAAAAAUAAAAAAAGGAAAAUUAACAAGA